CAAGGAUGUCUGGGAAGGGGGAAUCUGGAUCGGGGCCAAGAUUCCUCAGUAGGGGGCGGUCUCGGGAGCAGACGGAGCUUAGCUGGAAGCGAAACCUCAUUGGUUGCUGAGCCGAUGCCCGGCAGCGCCACACAGCAGCUGGACCGACCGAGAACGCUAAACCCUACCCGGACUUGAUCCUGAGUGAGACUGACUCUGAGCUCGAGCCCGCUGCAGGUCCUCAACAUGCUGAGCGUCCGAUUCUUGGCGCACCGGCUGCUCUGCCUCCAGGGUCGGACCCCCUCGUACUCUACCGCAGCUGCUCUCCCGAACCCAAUCCCAAACCCAGAGAUUCGCUACAACCAGCUGUUCAUCAACAAUGAGUGGCGUGAUGCGGUCAGCAAAAAGACCUUCCCCACAGUGAACCCCACCACAGGCGAGGUCAUUGGGCAUGUGGCCGAAGGUGACCGGGCAGAUGUAGACCUGGCCGUGAAAGCAGCCCGGGAGGCCUUCCGCUUGGGGUCCCCGUGGCGCAGAAUGGAUGCCUCAGAGCGGGGCCGGCUCUUGAACCGUUUGGCUGAUCUUGUGGAACGGGAUCGGGUGUACUUGGCUUCUUUGGAGACCUUGGAUAAUGGGAAACCUUUCCAGGAGUCUUAUGUCUUGGACCUGGAUGAGGUCAUCAAGGUGUACCGUUACUUUGCUGGCUGGGCUGACAAGUGGCAUGGUAAAACCAUCCCUAUGGAUGGCGAACAUUUCUGCUUCACCCGGCAUGAGCCAGUGGGUGUCUGUGGCCAGAUAAUCCCAUGGAAUUUCCCGCUGGUCAUGCAAGGCUGGAAGCUGGCCCCGGCACUCGCUACAGGCAACACUGUGGUCAUGAAGGUGGCGGAGCAAACCCCACUUUCUGCCCUGUACUUGGCCUCCCUCAUCAAGGAGGCAGGGUUUCCCCCGGGAGUGGUGAACAUCAUCACUGGCUAUGGCCCCACUGCAGGGGCAGCCAUAGCCCAGCAUAUGGAUGUGGAUAAAGUUGCCUUCACGGGCUCCACCGAGGUGGGCCACCUGAUCCAGAAAGCUGCUGGGGACUCCAACCUCAAGAGAGUCACCUUGGAGCUGGGUGGGAAGAGCCCCAGCAUCGUGCUGGCGGACGCUGAUAUGGCUCACGCUGUAGACCAGUGUCACGAAGCCCUCUUCUUUAACAUGGGUCAGUGCUGCUGUGCGGGUUCCCGGACAUUUGUGGAAGAAUCCAUCUAUCAGGAGUUUCUCGAGAGGACCGUGGAGAAGGCCAAGCAGAGGAAAGUGGGGAACCCCUUUGAACUGGACACUCAACAGGGGCCUCAGGUGGACAAGGAGCAGUUUGAACGAAUCCUGGGCUACAUCCGGGCUGGUCAGAAGGAGGGGGCAAAACUUCUCUGCGGUGGGGAGCGUUUUGGGGAUCGUGGCUUCUUCGUCAAGCCCACGGUCUUUGGGGAUGUGCAGGAUGACAUGAAAAUUGCUAGAGAGGAGAUCUUUGGGCCCGUGCAGCCUCUGUUCAAGUUCAAGAAGAUCGAAGAAGUGAUUCAGAGGGCCAACAACACCAGGUAUGGCCUGGCUGCGGCUGUGUUCACCAGAGACCUGGACAAGGCCCUAUACUUCACCCAAGCCCUGCAAGCUGGGACAGUGUGGGUGAACACCUACAAUAUCGUCACCUGCCACACACCGUUUGGAGGCUUUAAGGAAUCUGGCAACGGGAGGGAGCUGGGGGAAGACGGGCUUAGAGCCUACACGGAGGUGAAGACUGUCACCAUCAAGGUUCCAGAGAAGAACUCCUGAGAGUGGCCACCUUGGAGGCCCAGCCAUGCUCUGCCGUGCCGCAACAUCCCGCCAGCGGAUGGAAAAAUUUGACUUUGGCCCGAGUUCCAAAUGAAGUGUUACAAGGGGUGUCAGCAAAUAAAGUGGUUAAAUCAGA